UCGGAACCGUUUAUUAUGCGCCACUCGGUACCACUAAAUUAAUGAAGAUAAAAAAGAAAGCACAAUAGUUUUUAUUCUUACUUUAGACAUCAAGGUACCAUCAUCACCAAUUAUAGUUGGGCAGCCCCCACAAAGUUGGCUUUUGCGGACACUAUUGGCUUUAUUAAGAAUCGGCCAAGAAGUACAACAACGUGAUGAGAUUCAACAACUGGACGCUAUGUAA